CCCCGCCCGCCGCGCCGCGGAGCCCCCCGGAGCCGCCGCCCCCCGGAGCGCGGGGGAGGCUGAGAGGGAGUGACCCCCGGCCCCUCGCCCCGGGCUGGGACAGCUGAGGGGGGGCGCAACAUGGCGGAGGCCAAGGAGGAGGGGCCCGGCCCCCGCGGCAGGUUUGAAGAUAAAUCUGAUGCGGUAUUUGAUAUUACAGAAAAAUGUGGUGAAAUUCUGGAUGCAGAGAUGUCUGAGGACGCUGAGCACAACUUAGCACCUGCCCUGGACAGCUUGUCCUACGGAGCACCCAACCGAGCAGGAGCUGAGAAUUCACUGCAGGGUGAUGAUCAUGAUUAUUUUCUGAACUCUGGGGAUCUUGCAGGCAUACCUGUUGUUGGGAGUGACAACGAAGAUGAGCAGAAUUUCACUCCAAAAGACACUCUUUCUUCAGCAAUUCAUGAUGAAGAUCAUCUGCAAGAGGGCAAGAGAGUUCCAGAUCAUGAACUGGACAGUGAAAAAGAAAUUCAGGUUCAGAAUGCAACCCAGAAGGAUCUCACUUCCCCCUUUGAGCAGGGCCCUGUAUUUAAAUCACUUCGAAAAGAUUUUAGCAGAACACGAGAUAAUGGCAAAGAGACUUUUUCAGCCAAGGACAAGAAUAGAGAAGGACAUUUUCAAGAACGUGAAAAACGGUUGGAAAAAAUCCCUAAAGAUAUGGAUUCUAGAUUGAAAAGCAGUUUUCUUGACAAAGCAGUUCAUAAUCAAGUAGAAGAAACAUUACGGACGCAGUUAGCGCCACAAACUCCAGAAACUAACUUCAGGGAGUCUAGCUACCUAUUUUCUAGUAAGGAAUCUAUUGGACAAGAGCUGGGGAAUUCCUUUGCACCAAAUAUUAGAAUUAAGAAGGAGCCUUUGGAUGACGAAUAUGCUAAAGCUAUGGCCCCACAGCAGGGACUAUUAGACAAAAUUAAAGAUGAACCUGGUAAUUCUGAGGAGUACGGCCAACAGCCAAAAUCUCAGGAAGGGGAGCUGAAAAUCAGUGCUGUAUUUUCAGUCAGUGGCAAUCCUCUUGUUCCACAGCUGUCAUCAGGUUUCCAGCCUGCUGUGGCAUCCUCUGGCAUGAGUAAAAUGCUCCCCUCAGUUCCAAGCACAGCUGUUCGGGUUUCCUGUUCUGGCUGUAAAAAAAUCCUGCAGAAGGGACAAACUGCCUACCAGAGGAAAGGCUCAACCCAGCUCUUCUGCUCCACACUGUGCCUCACUGGAUACACCAUUCCAGCUUCUCGCCCACCAGCUUCUACCAAGAAAACCUGCUCAAGCUGCUCAAAAGAAAUUCUAAAUCCAAAGGAUGUAAUCACUGCCCAGUUUGACAACACAGACUUCAGUAAGGAUUUCUGCAGCCAGUCUUGUCUGUCCACAUAUGAACUGAAAAGGAAACCCAUUGUCACCAUCCACACCAACAGCAUUUCCAGCAAGUGCAGCAUGUGCCAGAAGAAUGCAGUGAUCAGGCAUGAGGUGAAUUACCAGAACGUGGUGCACAAGCUCUGCAGCGACGCCUGCUUCUCCCAAUUCCGCUCGGCCAACAACCUGACCAUGAACUGCUGUGAAUAUUGUGGGGGAUACUGCUACAGUGGCUCUGGCCAGUGUCACAUCCUGCAGAUAGAGGGACAGUCCAAAAAAUUCUGCAGCUCCAUAUGUGUGACAGGUUACAAGCAGAAGUCAGCUAAAAUUACACCCUGCACACUGUGUAAAUCUCUGAGAUCUUCAGCUGAGAUGGUGGAGGGCACAAAUAACUUGGGGAAGAUGGAACUGUUUUGUUCUGUGAACUGUUUGUCAGCAUACAGAGUUAAAAUGGUCACUUCUUCAGGUUGUCAAGUUCAAUGCAACAGCUGUAAAAUCUCAGCAAACCCUCAGUAUCACUUGGCUAUGUCAGAUGGGAGCAUACGAAAUUUUUGCAGCUACAAUUGUGUCGUAGCAUUUCAGAAUCUAUUCAACAAGCCCACAGGGCUGAACUCCUCGGUGGUGCCCCUGUCUCAGGGCCAGGUCAUUGUCAGCAUCUCCUCGGGGACAGUGGCAGCCACUGGCACCACCUCAACCGUGUCCCCCAGCUCCACCAGCAGCCCAGCAGCAGCAGGGCUCCAGAGAUUGGCUGCCCAGUGCCAGCAGGUCACCUUCACCCGUUCUGUUGUGAAAAUCAAGUGUCACCACUGUAACAGAUCAUUUGCCACCAAACCGGAGCUGCUUGACUACAAGGGUAAAAUGUUCCAGUUCUGUGGGAAGAUCUGCUGUGAUGAAUAUAAGAAGAAGGGCAAUAUGAUGGCUUUGUGUGAAUACUGCAGGUUUGAGAAAAUUAUCAAGGAGACAGUGAGAGUCUCAGGCAUAGAUAAAACAUUCUGCAGUGAAGUCUGUAAACUGCUCUAUAAACACGACUUGUCCAAGCGCUGGGGAAACCACUGUAAAAUGUGCAGUUACUGUUUACAAACCUCCCCCAAACUGCUCCAGAAUCACUUUGGGGGGAAAACAGAGGAGUUUUGCUCAGAGGAGUGCAUGUCUAAAUUCACUGCUUUGUUUUACCAGAUGGCAAAGUGUGAUGGUUGUAAGAGACAAGGUAAACUCAACGAGUCCAUAAAAUGGCAAGGGGAGAUGAAGCAUUUUUGCAAUCUGCUUUGUAUUCUGUUGUUCUGUAAACAGCAAAGUGCUCCUGACCCUCCACUCCCAAACAACACAGCAAACCUUUCCAUGGCACCAGCCUCCUCCUCAGGCCCUCCUUCUUUAAGAAAGGACUCAACCCCUGUCAUAGCAAACGUGGUGUCCCUUGCAAGCACCCCAGCUGCCCAGCCUACUGUUAACUCCAACAAUGUUUUACAGGGUGCAGUCCCUACUGUGACAGCAAAAACAAUAGGAGAUGCAAGUACCCAGACAGAUGCCCUAAAGCUCCCAUCAUCAAAACCACCCAGGCUUCUGAAAAACAAAGCUUUAUUGUGUAAGCCAAUCACCCAGACUAAGGCCACCUCCUGCAAACCUCACACACAAAACAAAGAAUGCCAGACAGAAGGAGAAGAAGCACCUGCUCAGCCCCAGAUCAUUGGACUGUUCCUGUUCUGUUUUGCCAGUGCCUCCUUACACCCAGUACCAGUUCCCAUGCUCAUCCCAACCAGCCCGGACAAUGCUGAUAAGAUCAUUGAAAACAUUCAGGAAAACAAGGAAAAGAUUCCCAUUAAUCCAUUUGAAGCUGAUCUCCUUCAGAUGGCAGAAAUGAUUGCAGAAGAUGCAGAGAGGGAUAAAACACACUCUCAUGGUGGAUCUCAAACAUCUGAGCACGAGCUCUUCCUGGACCCCAAGAUAUUUGAGAAAGACCAGGGCAGCACCUACAGUGGAGAUCUGGAAUCAGAGGCAGUGUCCACUCCUCACAGCUGGGAGGAGGAAUUGAAUCACUACACCUUGAGAUCCAAUGCCCUGCCAGAGCCUGAGCCAGAGCUCAAGCCGUUCUCCAAAGGUGAUGUGGAACAGGAUCUGGAGGCAGAUUUCCCAUCAGACUCAUUUGACCCUCUCAGUAAAGGACCGGGUUUGCAUUCACGUUCACGAGCGAGACGGAGACACAGGGAUGGCUUCCCCCAGCCAAAAAGAAGGGGACGGAAGAAGUCGGUGGUUGCUGUGGAGCCGCGGGGUUUGAUGCAGGGCUCCUACCCUGGCUGCUCUGUUUCUGGCAUGACCCUCAAAUACAUGUAUGGGGUCAAUGCCUGGAAAAACUGGGUCCAAUGGAAAAAUGCACAGGAGGAACAAGGGGACCUGAAGUUUUCAGUUCAUCCUGUGAAGCUCAAGGAGGACAUUCUCUCCUGCACAUUUGCUGAGCUGAGUUUUGGUUUGUGCCAGUUUAUUCAAGAGGUGCGGAGACCAAACGGAGAAAAAUACGACCCUGACAGCAUCUUAUACUUGUGCCUUGGAAUUCAGCAGUACCUGUUUGAGAAUGGUAGAAUAGAUAACAUUUUCACCGAGCCCUAUUCCAGGUUUAUGAUUGAACUUACAAAACUUUUGAAAAUCUGGGAACCUACAAUUCUUCCAAAUGGUUAUAUGUUCUCAAGAAUUGAAGAGGAACACUUGUGGGAAUGUAAGCAGCUGGGUGCAUAUUCCCCCAUCGUUUUGUUGAACACUCUUCUGUUCUUCAACACCAAAUAUUUCCAACUAAAGAAUGUCAGUGAGCACCUGAAACUGUCCUUUGCCCACGUUAUGAGGCGCACCCGAACUCUGAAGUAUAAUACUAAGAUGACAUAUUUACGUUUUUUCCCACCCUUUCAAAAACAAGAGGUAGAAUCAGAUAAAUUAUCAGUAGGCAAGAGGAAACGCAGUGAAGAUGAGGAGGUUCCCACAGCAGUGGAAAUGGCUGAAAACUCAGAUAACCCCCUCCGGUGCCCAGUCCGACUUUAUGAAUUCUACUUAUCAAAAUGUUCUGAAAGUGUGAAGCAGAGGAGUGAUGUGUUCUACCUGCAGCCCGAGCGCUCCUGUGUUCCCAACAGCCCCAUUUGGUAUUCCACAUUGCCAAUAGACCCAGGAACCUUGGACAUCAUGUUAACAAGGAUUCUUAUGGUGAGGGAGGUACACGAAGAACUUGCCAAAGUCAAAUCAGAGGACUCUGAUAUUGAGUUAUCAGACUAACUGCAGUGGGGUAUUUUCCUUUGAAUACACGUCAGAAGCACCAAAAUGUGAAUACGUCCAGCCUUUGGAAAAUGUGUAUCAAAUAAGCCAAGAUAACGUCACCUACAGGCAGAUUUUGUACCACAGUGGAUGUACAAACUGGAACUGGAAGGAAGCAAAGGAAGCAAGCUGUGUAAGCUGCAAAUCCCAACGUCCUGCAGCACUGAUCAAUCCUCAGAACAAAUCCAAGUGGAACUCACCCAUUGGAUUGGUGCAUAAAUCCUUUAUCUGUUUAGGAUUUUUAAAAGUUGUGAGAUCUUUCUAAGGGAAAAAAAAAGGUUGUGUAAAAUCUACCCUCACUCUGGUGGGCAUGGAGAGCUAGAUUGUGGCUCAGGUGACUUCCCAGCCCUUGCUGCCAAGGAACACGUGGAGAUCCUUGAGCUCUUCCAGAGGAUCCGAGAGAAAGGGGUGAGGUUUAGACAAACAGACACCUUCCGUUAUAAAUACACCCACACCUACACUUUUAUAAUUUUUUUUUUUUGAAAACUGGGAUCAAAUGUUAGGAAGGCAGGAGCCACUGGCCAUCCCAAGGGACAACUCUGGCUGCUCUUAACUGGUCACACGAGGCUGGACUCCAGCUCCAGCUCCGGGCUCACACCAACUCCAGCUGUGUUGGAAGAGGUGCUGCAGGUCAAACUUGUGAGUGACCUUUGGGGAAUGUCCAGGAGGGAUGCCCUGGGCUCUGUGCAGAAUUCCUUUCCCAGCCCAGUAGCUCUGCAGUCUGUCCAUAUAACCCAGUGAAUACUGUGGUGCGUGGAAAGUUCAUUUCCCUUAAGGCAGCUUUCCUUUCUCCUCUUUCCCUACUCCUAUGGUUUUGAUUCUUUUGUAAGGCAAAUCUAGAGAGGGCUUUGUCAUUUCGAGCAGGAAUACACACACACUCUUUCUCUUUCCACCUUAGCAACACGGGCAGCGUUGUACAAAGGAUGCAGUAUUACUUCUGACUACAGAACUGUGGUAGAAAAUGACCAUGUGUGUUUUUAUCCCGCCCCACCCAAAGAGAUUUAGUCAUAGUGUUGGAAAUUGAAAGAGAUUUUUUUUUUAAGGCUUGGCUGUUACUGAGUCUUUUGGAAGAGUAAAGCUCCCAUGUGGUGUUUGGAGGACAGGACAUUAUCAGAUACUGUCUGUAUCUCUGUUUUCUCAAGCUCUAGGUGUGUGUUUCUGAUGACCAGUGGUCACAAAUUCACUGGCAACCCAAGCUAUUUUUGAAGAGGAGAAUUAUAUGGUUUUUAUCUAGCUCUGGUCAGUUAUCCAUCUUCUGUAACAAGGGUCUGAUAUUUGAGCUUGUCACUAAAAUUUCAAGAGAUGAAAAUCAACAGCCUUGAAAAAUAUUUCAGGUUUUUUGUUUUGUUUUGGUUGGUUGUUUUUUUUUUAUUAUUAUUUUUUUAGCAGUUACAAAAGUAAUUUAACAAAAAUAAAAUCAGAAAGUAGUCUAUUGACGUUGUGUACUCGGUAGUCCUGUCCCUGCCUGUAACAGAUUUCACUGAUGUAUUUUUUAAUACAGAAAAUUAUGUGAAAAGUAAAACCUGCCCCUGAUUCUGUCUGACCAAAGCCCAUUUGUGUCUGUCAUUUCUGAGCAAAGGUUCUGCUUUCUCCAUGGCCUGGCAGGGGGAGAUGUUUUGUGGGGAGGGCAGGAUGGGGAUGGUGUGCAAAAUAAUCCCAAAGCUGAGAGUUCCUUAAUAGAGUUUAACAGAAAUAUUCCCAUUGAAUAACAUAGGAUGUUUGUACCUUAUGAGAAACACUUUGCUUCCUCUGAACAUCCUCACUGUUUCUUGUCUGGGAGCACCUUAAUUGUGGCCAAUUUUUUUGCAGGGACUGAGAAUGAAAGAUAGGCAAGUGAAAUCACUUUAACUUUCACUGGCUGAGAGCAGAGUUGUUAAACUUGGUGUAAACUCCUUUGGUGUGGUGGCUGGGACAUGAGAAACAUUUCAUUGCAGUUCCAUGGUGAUAAUUAACACAGUAAGUAGUUUUAGUUUCUGUCUCACUCCUGCUUGGAGGCCCUUUGGCAAUGGUCUGUUUUUCCCAGGGUCUGCCUGGGCUGUUUUUGCCUCUUGAGGGAUUUCUUGUCAGCUCAACUCAAGUUCACACAGACAACACAAGAAGGAUUACCUUGAAGGAUUAAAGUAUAUACAAAUUAUACACACAGGCUCAAAGUUCUGAACACAAUCUUGUUUGUAGUCAACAUUUCUGACUACUGAGCGCACAACAUUUAUUGAGAUACUGUUUUAAACAAAAAAAAAAAUAAAAUCAUGCUAUGUCCUGCUGAAUCCCAGAGUUAACUGGGCUGGAAAAGUCCUUUGAGAUCAUCAAGUCCACCCUGAGACCAGCACCAGCUUGCCAACCAGACCAUGGCACUGAGUGCCACAUCCAGUGUUAAACUGCAGUUUCAGUGUGGACAGAGAAGCAAUAAAGAUGAGUGUGAGAAAGAAAAAUGGAAAACUUCCUGCUACAGGGUUCCAGCAGCUCCCAGUGCAGGAGGUGCUCAGUGCAAACCCACUGCUCCAUCCUGGCUUCAGUUCACUAAAGAAGGGAACUGGGGGCACCCUGAAAGCCACAGAACUGGGUGCAAAAGGAAGUCAAAUUACCUUGAGAAUUAUUCUGCCAACUACUGCUUAAAAAAACACUCCAGGAUUUCUCUGGAAUAGUUUCCAGCUCCUUGGAGACUUCAAACAGCAGCAAAGUCCUUUGUCACAUGUCCCCAGCUGUGCUGCUGCCUCAGUGCCAGGGCUGACUCACAGCAAUGUGCAAUAAAAUCAUUGGUUUUUGGUAACAAUCUCAGUAACUCCCAGGUCUCCUGAGCAGCAAUUUCACUGUUGCCUUAACAACCAAAGAAGCCAGAACAAAUUCUCCUGCAGCCAGUGCUUACUGUGCUCAUAACCCUGGCAUGCCUGGAACUUUGCUCCCCUCAGCACAACAGCUUCCUCCCCAUUCUUCCUUGGCCUCUUGUCCUUUUUAAACAUCCAGAGGCAAAACAAAGAUUUGCUGCCUUCAUUAAGGAGCAGCUCCCUGGCAGUUCUUCCCCUGCCUUGUAAGAUGCUGUGUAAGAAAUAAGGUUUGAGGUUUGAGCUUUUGAUCUCUCAAGCAUUAACUGUUGGGUUUUUCCCUUUACCUGUUUAUGAGCACCAAAAGUCUGUAAAAAUCACAGACCAUUGGUGAGGAGAAAGGCUAGAGGAGUUUUGGGAGCACUGAAAUGGGUGUGUUGUGCCUCUGGGAGAUGCAGGUCUUGUCUCACAUUGCCAGAGCUUCACACCUGCCAUGGGUGAUGUGCCAGAGGAGUCCCCAUGGGAUCCCCCCCUUUGCCUUACAGGGAAAUCCCUUUGCUCCAGCAGCACAGAGCUGGGCAGGUGGGACUGACUCUGCUUUUGCAUCUUCCCCAGGAGGAAACAAUUGGUUUGGAAACGAUGAGGAGGUCAAAUGGUUUUGCACAGUGUUACCGUAUUUGUUAGGAAGUUGUCCUCAGCUCUUUUUUAAGUGGAUUUUUUUAACCUAAGGGAAAAAAACCAUUCAUUUAGUCUGACCACUGGCACCAACUUCUUCCAGCAGCAAAGCUGUAAGAAUUUGCCUUUUUAUCUUCAGUUUCCCCACCAAAAUCCCAAGGAGCAUUCCAGAAGUUUUCUGUUGUGCUGUGCUUUCAGAGGGAACAAUUUUGGACAUGCCAGGAGGAGCAAGUGGCAGAAGAGCUGUUGCAAGGUGCUGGGAAUGUGCUUUGGGGAGGCAGGUAAUUGAUGGUACAUAGCAAAACACAAUAUAAAUAUUAAAUCCCUAAGAUUAAUGGUUUUAUUUUCCAAACAUCUCAUUGAGGAGGUCCUUGGUGCUCAGCCACUGGCACCAGUGCUGGCUCUGCUCCAGGGAGUGUUGCACAGAUGCAGAAUGGUUUUUAAAGUCAUAAAGGCUCAAAAGAACUUGGGCAGCUUGGAUUCCUCUAGCCACAGAACUGAAAUGUCCAUUGGACAUCACAUUGCCCAAGCUGAUGGAUUUUCAGCAGAUAUUCAACUUUUCUUAAAGAUCUGGGAUACCUGGCUUUCCCCUCUCAGAUGGGAGAAGGGAAUUUAUGACAAUGAAACAGUGAAGUUAGAUAAAGCUUUACACCCCACAUCCCAAAAUGAAUCCCAAGAACAUGGUUUUAAUCCUGGAAGAUCCAAGUGGAUGUGGGCAGCACAAGCCACACACCCCAGUUUGGUAGCCUUGAUUCUUAGUCAGCCUUUGGGUGUGUCAAGAGGCUUUUUAUCCUCUCUUUGCAUAUUUAUAGCAUAAACAGCCAGAGCAAUUUGCAAAGGUCUUUUGGACCUGCUGGGAGCCAGGCUGCAGCUUUGGAGGGAAGGGUGAGGGUGGUGGCACCUGAACUUUCUCCCCAGCUAAGCCCCAAACUCACCCCCAGCCCCAGCACACCCUUCCCAUCACUCCUGAGGAUUGAUGACCCCUCAUGUUUUCUCCCUUCCAAUCUGUCCCUGUACCCUCUAUAAAUUGGCCAGACUUUCCUACCUCGUUUGGGCAUUAUCAGGCAGAAUUCCACAGGAUGCUUUGCAGCCCUGUGAUGAAAGGUGCUAUAAAAUUGUAAAGUGUUAAUUCAGAUGUAACCAGGUCAGCAGUGCAUCAUAACCUAUAUUAAACAGAGAUUUUCUAAUAUGAGAAUUUAUAGAGUUCAAUGUAUGGUAUUCAUAAGUGAAUUAUUGAGACCCUCAAAAGAGUUUUUGUUUCAAUC